AUGGAGAAGCUCCUGCACCUCACCUUGGUCUUCCUGUCAGCAUCCUGCGCUGCAGAGAACGUCACCGUGGUGGCCGCCAUGGAGGGGGACACCAUUUCUGUCAACUGCUCCUACGACCCGCGGCAGUGGUGGCGGGAGAAGAGCUGGUGCAGGCAGCUGGAGCAGAGGCGGUGCCAGCACGUGGUGGGCGCCCCGCCGGCGUGGCUGCCCUUCCCCGGGAGCAGGAGGGGCACCACCUCCAUCAGGGACGACGCCCGCGCCGGGCUCCUGACCGUCACCAUCAGGCGCCUCCGCAAGGAGGACGCGGGGCUCUACCAGUGCAGAACGGAUUUCCUGGGCCAAACAAAGAGCCUGAGGAUGGUGCAGGUGGAAGUGCUGGCAGCUGACCUGGUGACCCACGUGCCAGAGGAGCCCAGAGCUGUGCAGAGCAUCUCCAGGUCCUCUCCUGACGUGGAUUUCACUGUUUUCUACAUCCUGGCUGGAUUCCUGGUGGCCAAGUUCAUGGUGGCUGUGCUGGUCGGGGCUGUUGCCCACAGCAGGAAGAAGAGGGAGAGAGGGCAGAACGCAGGCCUGGGUGAGCAGCAGGUGCUCCCGCUCCCUGCUGACCUUGGACAUGAUGGAAUCGGCCUCUCCUGGGAGAGCUCUGCGUGAGCCAAGCCAAAGGGAAUCCAUGGAAAAGGCAAAUGAGGGUUUGCCACCUGCCAUAAGCAAAGGAUCACUACUAAACACCGGUCUGGAAGAACUGGAGAGGGAACGUCCCCAUCUUCUUUGUCACCUCUUCCCCUUGGCACCUCAUCCCCAGGCAGUUAUUCCAGACAUCAUUCCCAGGACCAUUCCAUCACGGUCUGAACUGACACCCAUCAACUUCCUGUCACCUCAGGUGACAGAUUCUGCCUUUCCAAGGUGAGGAAGAGCAGCUCCCACAAGCUGCUUUGGACUGUGGGGAUGCUUGGAGAAAAUCCCUGUGGAAAUGCGUGAGGAACUGCAGGACACACCAGGAAAGGGAUGUGGUCUCUUUGCAUCUCUGAGCCAGCUUCUCCUCCCUGAAGGGACUUUGUGAGCACAGGAGCUGUCUCUCUGUUGCUCUCCCUGUGUUUUCUCUCCCAUGUGGUGGUUGUUCAUCCCUCCCCUCUGAGCUGCACUCAGCUCUCCCAGGCUCCAAACCCAUGGGCACUCACGUUUCUUUUUCCCUGCAAAACUAAAUAAAAUCCAGCUGAUUCUCUGGCUUGGUGUGGAUUUCCUGCAGGACACCAGGUGACAGUCGUGUCCCAGAGCAGAGGUGAUGCUUGGAACACCCUGGAGUGUUUAGAACACCCAGGAACAUCCAGAGCCAGCUCUGUGCAGGAGCAGCAGCUCAGAGCCCAACCUCUCAUUGCCCACAGAAGCAAUGGCUGAAAUUUGCUUAUUUUAAUUACACUUUUGGGUUCCCUUUUUUAGAGUAGUUCUGUGUUUUGUCCAGAAAUUGAAAUUCAUGGUGGCACAUCUGGCAACCCUUGUCCUUCCGAGGUCUUUCCCUCCCACCACUCUGAGGUUUUCAAUCUUAAAUCAGCAACUUUUGGAGAAGAAAAUCUGUAUUUGUUGCUUUCUCCUGGUCUAGACAGUGACUUGCUGUAUCUGCAUCCACAGAGAGAAAUUUGUCAUCUGAAAUAAAAAUAUCUCCAAGGAAAUAAAAAGAAAUUAAUCAAUAA